UGCCUCAAAGCACGAAUGUCUGUGGACACCAUCCUGCUGCUACUUACCAAAGCAGCGACGGUUCUCUUCUGGUUAGAACGCCACACCCGGAGGCGUGUCCAGACCGUUGCGAUUAACUUCACUCUCAAAGAACUCUUGAGCAAGUUUGAAGAGGAUCUCCAAGCCGAGAUCGAAGCCCACCAUAGCAUCCUAUCGUCCCUGAAUCAGAGCGGAGUGAAAGCCGUCCAGGAUGCAGACAGCUCGGAGGAAUCCCAGACAAUUCAGAAGAGACUAGACGGUGUCAAUCACAGAUGGACCAAGAUACAGGAUAGAUCCGCUGAAAUUAGGAAACGUCUUGAAGCAAAUGCCGAGGAGUGGAACAGCCUCGUGAGGGCGACAGACGAUCUGAUCAGGUGGAUAAGACUGAAAGACGACGAUCUAGUCAAGCGGCAGCCGGUGGGAGGAGAUUAUAAUUCCAUUCAGCAACAGAUCUCUGAUCACAAGGCGUAUAGGCAGCAGCUUGAGGAGAAGCAAUCAUCCGUUGAACGGAACUUACAAAUGGGUAGCCUUUAUCUUGCCGAACAGAGAGAUUUGGAUUUGCUGACAGAGAAUGCUGUAAGUGGUCCAGAGGCCGAGGCUCAUAACAUCGUUCAUAAACUGAAAGACAGCGUGACUGAUCUUCAAGACAGCUGGAACAAACUCAAUAUCAAGUCGGAAAAUUGGCAACAUAAACUAGACGAGAUGUCGACAAAAAUGUUAGCCCUGCAUCAAGCCAUGGACAAGCUUAGUGGUCGUCUUCAUGAGGCUGAAGCUACGAGAUCAAGAUGGCUACCAGUGGGUGACCUUAUCAUCGAUAGCCUACCGCAGCAUCUAGCUGAACUUAAGAGCUUCCAGGAUUACUACAGUCCAAUCCACGAUGACUUGGAGAAGGUGACCCAGAUGGCUGGCCACUUUCCUGCACAGCAGGUCAGUCUCAGUACCGUUAACCAGGGAAGGCUUGAGGACAUUGUUCGAAGAUGGAAAACCUUGCAGCUGGCCAUCGACGAGAGGGCGAGGCUACUCAACGAGGCUCUUAGAGACUUUGGGCCGCAAUCGCAACACUUCCUCAGAGCUUCUGUGCAACAUCCAUGGGAAAGGGCAGUAGCAGCAAAUAAGGUGCCAUAUUUUAUCAACCAUGCUACAGAGACUACCCACUGGGAUCACCCCCGUAUGACGGAACUCUUUCACUCGCUCUCAGACCUCAAUGCUGUCAAGUUCUCAGCGUACAGGACAGGCAUGAAGCUAAGAAGGCUACAAAAAUCAUUGUGCUUAUACCUCCUAAAUCUUGCGAGUGCCGACUCUAUCUUCACCCAACACGAGCUGGUAUCCGGCAACGACCGAACCCUCGAUGUAACAGAGAUCAUCACCUGCCUAGCGACGGUUUACGAGAACCUAGCAAUGGAUCACCCAGGGAUGGUUAACGUACCUCAGUGUGUUGAUAUGUGCCUCAAUUGGUUACUCAAUGUCUAUGACACGGUAAGGAGUGGGAGGAUACGAGUUUUAGCCUUCAAGGUUGGUGUCGUCAUGCUCUGCAACGCUCACCUCGAGGACAAGUACCGUUUCAUCUGCCGUUUCGUGGCGGACAAGAACGGCAUGAUAGAUCAGAGAGGGCUUGGUCUCCUCUUGCACGACUGCGUCCAGAUCCCAAGGCAGCUCGGGGAGGUCGCGUCGUUUGGAGGAAGCAAUAUUGAACCCAGCGUCAGGAGCUGCUUCAACAUGACCGGAAGCAAACCUCUGAUCGAACCAGCCCAGUUCCUGGCCUGGAUGAAGUUGGAACCCCAGUCGAUGGUCUGGAUGCCGGUCUUGCAUCGGGUGGCCGCGUCGGAGACGGCCAAGCACCAAGCCAAGUGUAACAUAUGCAAAGAGUGUCCCAUCGUGGGCCUCAGGUAUCGCUGCCUCAAAUGCUUCAACUUUGACCUUUGUCAGAGCUGUUUUUUCUCUGGUAGGAAAGCAAAGACACAUAAACUCUCACAUCCCAUGCAGGAAUACUGUACAACAACGACCUCGGGUGAAGACGUGAGAGACUUUGCCAAAGUGGUUCGGAACAAGUUCAAAUCGAAGCGGUACUACCGAAAACACCCCCGUGUGGGUUAUCUCCCUGUCCAGUCAGUUCUAGAAGGCGAUGACUUAGAAUCUCCCAUCACAACUCCCCAACACAUGGCCAAUCAGGAUACACAUACAAGGCUGGAGCUCUAUGCUAACAGGUUAGCAGAGGUCGAAAGCCAAGGAACGUUAAACUCUGUACCUACCGACCUCGAGGAUGAGCAUCAGUUGAUAGCCCACUACUGUCAUAGCCUUGGUGGCGAUGUUUCUACAGUGCCUAAUAGUCCAGCCCAGAUUGUGGUAUCCAUCGAUGCUGAACAUAGACCCGACUUAGAGUCCCAAAUUAAUGAACUGGAAGAUGAAAACAGAACGUUAUUAUCAGAGCUUGAAACGCUGAAAGCUCUAAGAACGGAAGACGUGAAGAGGGCGGCAGAGCUAGCGGCGUCGUCGGGCGACGAGAGGUCAUCCGGGAGGUCACCGGGCAGGGAUGCGGAGCUCGUCGCCGAAGCCAAGUUGCUACGGCAACACAAGGGGAGGCUAGAAGCAAGGAUGCAAAUAUUGGAAGAUCAUAACCGUCAGCUCGAAGCUCAGCUACAAAGGCUGAGACAGUUAUUAGAACAGCCGCAAGACAAAAGCGCAUCCCAAGUGUCCUCGUCGAAGACCACACCCGCAGUCUCGCCAACCUCUUCCAUAAGCUCCGCCUCUAAACCAAUCAGAAUACACCAUCCUGUUGCCGUAGAAGCCAGAACGAAUGGCGGUACAAGUGACUAUGAUAGUGAUAUGGCAGCCGAGGAGCAGAACAGUCACCCGUCUCCUCACACCCCACCCCACCUGAAAGAUGACCCCACCCCAAGGGAGCACCAACCCAACGGUAGGGACCACCACCACCAUCAUCAUCACCUCCACCAGGGCGGGGCAGCUAACGGGGUCCCAGCCAAGGGAAAGGUUGACCUUGACAAAGUCAUUCAAGAACUCAAUAACUUUCCUGACGGGACCAAGAAUGGAAGUGCUGGCCAAAACAGUGUAGGUAGUCUUCUCCACAUGGCGGAUAACAUCGGCAAGGCGGUCGGGACCCUCGUCACCGUCAUGACGGACGAGGAACAGAGCGAUAAGGAAAGCGAGGCAUAGCCAAUCACACGCUUCUCUCCGUUCAAAUCAUUACAAAUUCAACCAAUGAGGGGUCUUCCAUGAUGAACAUAAUUUGCAUAAUCCAUUCUAUAUAUAUAUAUAGAGACAGUGCAGUGUGCAUUGCCAGUGAGAGGGAGCGGAGGGGGGGGAUUGUUGCUCCCCUUUCUCCAUCCUAUGAAUUCCUCACGUUUAUGAGGACGUGUCCAAACCUUUUUUCUGGUAUGUGAUUGUAUCAUAUGACUUGACUUCAGUUGAUAUCUGUUAGAUCAAUUUCCCUGAUUCAUGAUAAUAUGAAUGUGACGUGAUUUUUAUCAAAGGAAAAAGUCUCAUUUCCAGGGGAUGUUAGCUAUUUAUGGCGGCAAGUAACAAAACAGAUUUUUUAGACACGAUAUACAAAGGAUUUUAUCAAUAAUCGCCAUUUUCGAGAAAUAACUUUCCCCGGCUUAUUGUUUGAUCUAUGCAUGCUGCAGUUUUAUGUCGUCUUUUCCCAUCAUGCAAUUGUGUUUAUGUUCAAGAUAAUCUUUUCGGUUUUGUCGAGUCUUUUUGUUUAUUUUGGAGUUAGUUUCUUGUAGAUGGUUUAUUAGGACCAAAGACAAAUUAUACAUUGCAGGGAAUGAGGGACUCAAUUUGACAUGAGUUUUGUGUAGAUGUUAAACUGGUGCUAUUAUCAAGGAAUUUAUGUGCAUAUAUAGAGACAAGCUGAGUUGUGUCGCUACACCGCAUGCUUAAAUAAUCUUCCCGGUGCGGUAACACAAAGGUUAGCGAUUGAUCGUAAAGAUAUUCUCCUAUAAUGAUUGCUAUGCUUUGUGUUACGGGCCCUUGGUGAUACAGAAGCUGCUGUAAUUAAAGAUUAUUAUUAAAGAAAUAUAAACCCUUUGUUCCUAUCAGUUCUUAUGAAUAUGUAAAGUGGACUUUGACAUCGUGAGUAUAACGAUUUGCCUUGGCCUGGCUGCUGUCCACUGCACAAGCAAUCUGUGCUUUUCAUAAAACGUGCCAUCAACAUUCAUUAUUAUGAGUGGCUAGUGGUUCGACCACUUUUUUUCUAGAGACAUCCGAAAUCUCACAGGCUGCGAGUGAAAAUUUUAAAGAUAAAAAAAUAUUUGAUCGAUCAGUGGAUCCAAAGCAAAAUUCUAAUUUCUUGGAUAAAUUAGUAUAAUCAUAGAAA